AUGCCCGAGAAUAAGAACAAGCGCGUUUAUGAGCCUAAAGUAGCUCAACUCCUUCUUGAUGAGUGCGAAGGUUCGGGCUUGCCCGAUCUAAAACCGGGUGAUUUGCUAAGACCUGCUGUUAAACCUCCUAUUCCAACGACCAGCUUUUUUGAUACGUCUUUCAAGUUAGAGGAGAAAGAGUUUCCUUUUGCGGUUGAGAACGAGUCUUUCUAUAGUGAAGCCACUAACGCUCCUUUUCAAGACUACUCGAUUCCCACGGUUAGAACCGAAAGUAAGAUCAUUUAUACUGAUAGUAGCCAGUUUGUGACUCCACCUCGCAAAAAGCCGCGAGCAAUGGUGUUUAAUAGUCCGCAACUACUGGAUCCCGAUGAAAGCAUUGAUUUAGAGACCUGCACACUGCGAAAGCAUCGAGGCGCCAGCCGCACUAAAAUCCCUAUUGUCGGCCUGCCGCCUAGCUCUACAAUAGGUCCGACUGAAUUUCCCUACUUCCCUGGGUUUAAAACGGCUUUAGGCCAGGCAGUUGUAGUUCAGGAGGACAGUUUAAUUAAAGCCCGGCGCAGUCUUGAUUUCUUGCAACCAGCCCAAGUGAAACAACCGCCUAAGGUCCUGUUACCGCGCGAACGAAUGAUUCUAUCGGCCCAAGCGGCCUUUCAUGCCAUGCAAAAGGAGAUCUUUCCUGUUACCCGCACUGCGGCUGAUUUUCACUCUCUCUUCUGUACCUUCCAGUGGACGUGGAUCUCCCUAAUGCCCGUAAUUGAAUCAAUUAGACGGCGCGAUUCAGAUAUGGCCCAGAGAGAGAUUGAAGACCUUAUUAUACGGGAGGCCAAACGAAGAUGGAAACAAAACCAUCCCUCAAUUCUGCAGCGCAUUGUAGAACGCGAUACUCAACCUGGGGUGUAUAUGAAGCUGCUCGUGAUCAAGGAAGGCCGGAAUAGUAUCUGGGUCACCGAUGGACUCUAUUCCGUUCGUGCUGCUUUAGAUCCGCAUUUAGUUGCUAUCGCCAGAAAGAUCAAAGUAGGCCGAGUCCUACAAGUAAUUGGAGCGACUUUAUUACUACCAGGACCUACACCGAUUGAUGAGGUGGCUGCCCAGGAGACAAUAGCCAUUCAGCUCAACUACAACGGGGUUAAGCCAUGUCUUAGUGGCGUUCUUGGCUACCAGCCUUGUUCAGCCUAUCUCCGCUCUGUUUCCUUUUUCAAACCCCAAAGUGGGACUGUUGGCUGUGUUUCCUUGUACUUUGCCAAGCUAGUUUGUUCCAAGUGCGUUAUUAACCUCAAUGGCUCUAAAACAACUAUUGACGAGUCGCGCCGAGAAGAAACCCUUGAAACGGUCUAUGCCAGUAUUAAAAAGCGCUGCCUUUCAAAAGAAGAGGAGCAAGAGGUCUACCGAACCAUUAGUGUUACUCGUUUUGUCCAGUAUGAGGUCACUACGGACUACAAUCCCUCUAACAUUCCCAUCUACCUAACAAUUUGGCAACCACCAAAAGACGAAGACUUUCUGCACAAGAGGUUUGAAGUCUUUGUGCUCAACACUUCCUCAUACGCCCCUAACUCCAAGGCCCUCUUCCUCACCUCAACUCGCUACUCUGUCUUCAUUCCCAUUAUUGAUCCGCCCCCGAACCCCUAUGAAACCGUUAUCCACUCUAAAUACUAUAAAUAA